AUGACAGAAAACACUUACACAGCUGAAGAAGUCAAGAAGCACAAUUCACUUAACGAUCUUUGGGUUGUCUAUGAUAAUGACGUCUUUGACAUUACAAAGUUUGUUGAUGACCAUCCAGGUGGUGAAGAAGUUUUAAAGGCAAAUGCUGGUAAGGAUUCUACUCAAGAGUUUGAUGAUGUUGGACAUAGUGAAUCUGCCAAGUCAAAGAUGAAGCAAUUCAGAAUCGGUAGAAUCGCAGGAGCUCCAGCCAGAGUUGAACAACCAAAAAAGAAAGUAACCACCCCUGCCUCUACCAGCGCAUCUGCUACAAGACCAGCUGAAGCUGGUGGCCUUGGCGCUCUCAAGAUUCCAAUCAUCAUUAUUGUUUUGGCUAUCAUUGCCUAUUUUACCAUGGCUUCUGAUGCCAUGAUUGAAGAUGAUCAAUAA